AUGAAGUUCACCACUGUCACCUCUGCCUUGGCGUUGGUCUCCGGUGCCCUGGCCGCUCCAUCUCUGGUAAUUGAGAAGCGUAACCCGUCGGGAUCCUUCCAGCUUGUUGCCUAUGGCGUCGCCAGCAGUGCCAUUCCCAUGUUCUACUCCGAUGGCCUCGCUUAUGCUGGCGACUCUUCCCUUUGGACAUCUGGAAAUGUCACCACCGACGUAACAUUCACAAUCACCGACACCGAGCUGGUCACAACUGCCACUACAUCCGGUGUAACACUCGACUCGGAUACCUUGCUGUACAUCCAGCCCACUGCCAACGAGGUCCUAGCCGUUGGCUUCACCAGUAACGGAAUCGACUCGCCAUCCGCUGCUACCACGGAUGGCUACCUCUUCUACGGCAGCUACUUGAUGUGGGAGGAAUCUGAUGGAACUCUCUCGGAUGUUUUCCGUCUUAAGGAGACUGAUGUCUCUGGAAUUUACCAGUUCUACUGGGAUACGUCCAGCUUGGACCCUUCUGGUUACUCGAUUCCUACUGUUAAGGAUAGACUGGUUUGA